GGGGGCGCUCAACGCGUCCGAACUAGAGAGCGUGCAGCAACGGCUACCGAAGAUAAAAAUAAGGCUAGUCGUGUUCUAAAUACAAACAAGAUCAUUAACACUAAACCAUCGAGACCGCCUUAUACACGUACAACGAGUGAACCGGCUACUAAUCCUACAAAGAAAAAGACAUCACAUAAAUUCAACAUUAAAUCAAAGGCGGCACCUCUUAUAAAUAAUAAAACUCCUUUAAAAAAAACAAAUUUAGCUCCAAAUUCAGUAUUUAAACCUUUGAAAGUGACAGCGACGUCAACUUCAAUGAUGAAAGGAUUCUUAACCACCGCUAAUCUAUGUGUAACAAUAUCAACUGCAACUAAACAAUCAAAUAGUAACCAAAUGGAAAAUUCGGCACUUACGAACAUGCGCUUAUUUGGUAGAUCCAGGGAACAUCAGCGUCAAUGUUCACCUUAUCAAAAGCCUGCCAUUAAUUUUGUUACGAGGAAAUUUGGAAGACCAUUGCCAAAUCGCGAAGAAUUAACCGCAAAAGUGAAUGCAUUGGCUAAUCAUGCCAUCGAAGUAGUGAUGAAACAAGUGGAGGCAUCUUAUAAUUUGAAUGUUGAGGUAACCUCAGAAGAGCAGAUGAUUGAGGAUGAUGUCAUUGAAAAUUCUACUACAUCAAGAGUAAGACCGCCAAUUAAACAGCAACUACCAGCAACUCAAGACAUCACACCACUCCCUGUUGAACCUUCUCCUCCCCUUUCGUUCGUUGAUCCUGUUAAAUUCUUGGAAGAUGUUCGAAAAAUUGAGGUGGAUGGAUGUGAUAAGGCGGAUAAAGUUACAGGACCGGAAGUUGGUGAUUUAAUUGAAAAAACCAAAGAAUUAACAAUAGAAGGUCAAUUAUAGAUACAUAUUGAAUUUAGAUAAAUUUAUAGAUAAUCGGUUGUGUCUUGCAUUCUCUAUAAAAUUUAUACUUUGAAAUAAUUACUAUUUACUGAAUGUUUGAAUAUCCUAAUGAACAGGCACAAUGUAUAUUUUUAAAAAUACAAUAAAGUACAUCCGUUUAGCUAAUGUGGUUAUGUAAAAUAUUAUUUUUAU